AUGAUGGUUAAGGAGAGUGUUAGGAAGAGAUUAGAAUCUGAACAAGGAAUGAGUUAUACUGAGUUUACUUAUCAGUUAUUGCAGGGUUAUGAUUUCUUGUAUUUGUUUCAAAAUGAGGGUGUUAAUGUUCAAAUUGGGGGUAGUGAUCAAAGGGGCAAUAUAACUGCUGGAACUGAGUUGAUUAGGAAGAUAUUGCAGGUAGAAGGUGCUACUGCUACCUAUGGUUUGACAUUUCCACUUUUGUUGAAAAGUGAUGGUACGAAAUUCGGUAAAUCUGAGGACGGUGCAAUUUGGUUGUCUCCAUCUUUGUUGUCUCCAUACAAGUUUUAUCAGUAUUUUUUAUCUGUGCCAGAUGCUGAUGUUAUUAGGUUUUUGAAAAUCCUUACCUUUUUGGAUAUUGAUGAGAUAGUUAAGUUGGAGGAAGAGACGAAGAAACCUGGAUAUGUGCCUAAUACUGCUCAGCGGAGACUUGCCGAAGAAGUUACCCGAUUUGUUCAUGGUGAAGAUGGUUUGAGAGAAGCUCUUAGAGCAACUGAAGCAUUGAAGCCGGGAUCUGAGAUAAAGUUGGAUUGGAAAACUAUUGAGGGGAUUGCGGAGGAUGUUCUGUCUUGUUCUUUAACUUAUGAUGAGGUUUUGAAUCAGUCUUUGGUUGAUCUUUCGGUAUCUUCGGGUUUGUUCGACAGUAAAUCUGCUGUGCGCCGGUUGUUAAAGCAAAGAGGUCUGUACUUGAAUAAUAGCAUAGUAGAUAGUGAAAAUAAGAGGAUUGAGGCAGCUGAUAUAGUGGACGGUAAAGUUCUCAUUUUAUCUGCAGGAAAAAAGAAUAAGGUACUGGUACGAAUAGCAUGA